UAAUACAAGAUUAACAAAAUCCCCUUUCCGAUGAAAUCUUAUUUAUUAUUAACUUUCAAAUCCCGUUUCCGAUGAAAUCUCAUUUCUUAUUAAUAAGGCACACAAUUUUGGACAACACAGCUGUGGCCAUUAUUGGGAACGUUUAGGAAAAUGGGGAAGUUGCAGGAUUGCCCUUUCCAUCUAGGGAAAAUUGCCCAGCAGAAAGUUGUAAAUGAAGAUGGGCUCCUGUUUCCGAUGGUUCUGUUGCCCCAAGAUGUGAGUGAUGAGGGUAACACCUUACAAUCCUUUCUCCACACAAUUGAAAGCAACAGAGAGUGGAUCGACGAUCAUCUGAAGAAGGUGGGAGCGUUGCUUUUCAGAGGAUUUCCUCUCAAAUCUGCAUCAGAUUUCAACGCCGUUAUGGAAGCUUUUGGGUGGGAUGAAAUGGCAUAUUUGGGAGCAGCUUCAAGAAUAAGGGUUGAGGGAAGGGUUUUUACCGCAAAUGAAGCUCCUCUCCAUCAACCCAUCAAAUUUCACCAUGAGAUGGCUUUGUUUGAAGACUUCCCAACCAAAUUAGCUUUUUAUUGUGAGAUUGCUCCUCCAGAUGGAGGGCAGACUGCAAUUUUGUUAAGUCAUAAGAUUACUGAAAGAAUGGAAGAGAAAUACCCUGAAUUUGUUACCAAACUCGAAAAAGAAGGGUUGAUUUAUUCUGCCAUUUUUCCUGCGGACGACGAUCCUAAUGAUUUCUUGAUAGGAUGGCAGACCUUGUACAAAACCAAGGAUAAGGAAGAAGCACAAAGAAAGGCUUUAGAUGGUGGAUUGAAAAUAUCGAAGUUGACUUGGGAUGGGAACAAAAUGACCUUUCAGAUAGAAGCCAGUGAUUCUAUGAGAAUUGUAGAUGGGGAUAAGAAAGCUUGGUUCAAUCUUUUAACAUUUAAUGAUCUAAAGAAUGCUCCUAUACUAGGAGAUGGAUCUGUAAUUCCCAAAGAGGUCAUUGAAUCAUGCCUCCAAAUUGCUGAAGAGGAGGCCAUUGAAGUGAAAUGGGAAGUUGCUGAUGUGGUUGUCUUAGACAACAGGUUUGUAAUGCAUGCAAGAAGGCCUUCAAAACCACCAAGAAGAAUACUUGCUGCCUUUUGCAAGUAAUAGACAUAUUGAUGUUUACUAAAACUAGACUAUAUUUAUGUUGCUUAUGUUGUUAUACAUGGAAAACUAUAAAUUAGAAAUUACU